AUGGACGUGGACGUGGACGUGGACAUGGACGUGGACGUGGACGUGGACGUGGUCGUGGACGUGGUUGUGGACGUGGACGUGGACGUGGAUGUGGACGUGGACGUGGACGUGGUCGUGGACGUGGACGUGGACGUGGACAUGGACGUGGACGUGGACGUGGACGUGGACGUGGAUGUGGACAUGGACGUGGACGUGGACAUGGACGUGGACGUGGACAUGGACGUGGACGUGGACGUGGACGUGGUCGUGGACGUGGUCGUGGACGUGGACGUGGACGUGGACGUGGACGUGGACGUGGACGUGGUCGUGGACGUGGACGUGGACGUGGACGUGGACGUGGACAUGGACGUGGACGAGGACAUGGACGUGGACGUGGACGUGGACGUGGACGAGGACGUGGACGUAGACCUGGACAUGGUCAUGGACGUGGACAUGGACGUGGACGUGGAAGUGGACGUGGACAUGGUCGUAGACGUGGACGAGGACUUGGACGUGGACGUGGACGUGGACGUGGACGUGGACGAGGACCUGGACGUGGACGUGGACGUGGACAUGGACGACGUGGACGUAGACCUGGACAUGGUCGUGGACGUGGACAUGGACGUGGACGUGGAAGUGGACGUGGACAUGGUCGUGGACGUGGACGUGGACGUGGACAUGGACGUGGACAUGGACGUGGACGAGGACGUGGACGUGGACGUGGACAUGGACGUGGACGAGGACAUGGACGUGGACGUGGACGUGGACGUGGACGUGGACGAGGACGUGGACGUAGACCUGGACAUGGUCGUGGACGUGGACAUGGACGUGGACGUGGAAGUGGACGUGGACAUGGUCGUGGACGUGGACGAGGACUUGGACGUGGACGUGGACGUGGACGUGGACGUGGACGAGGACCUGGACGUGGACGUGGACGUGGACAUGGACGUGGACGUGGACAUGGACGUGGACAUGGUCGUGGAAGUGGACGUGGUCAUGGACGUGGACGUGGACGUGGACGUGGACGUGGACGUGGACAUGGACGUGGACAUGGACGUGGACGUGGACGUGGACGUGGACAUGGUCGUGGAAGUGGACAUGGACGUGGACGUGGACGUGGACGUGGACGUGGACAUGGACGUGGACGUGGACGUGGACGUGGACGUUGACGUGGACGUGGACGUGGACAUGGACGUGGACAUGGACGUGGACGUGGACGACAUGGACGUGGACGUGGACGUGGACGUGGACGUGGACGUGGACAUGGACGUAGACGUGGACAUGGUCGUGGACGUGGACGUGGACGUGGACGUGGACGUGGACGUGGACGAGGACAUGGACAUAGACAUGGUCGUGGACGUGGACGUGGACGUGGACAUGGACGUGGUCGUGGACAUGAACGUGGACGUGGAUGUGGACGUGGACAUGGACGUGGACGUGGACGUGGACGUGGACAUGGACGUGGACGUGGACGUGGACUUGGACGUGGACGUGGACGUGGACAUGGACGUGGACAUGGACGUGGACGUGGACGUGGACGUGGAUGUGGACAUGGUCGUGGAAGUGGACGUGGACAUGGACGUGGACGUGGACGUGGACGUGGACGUGGACAUGGACGUGGACGUGGACGUGGACGUGGACGUUGACGUGGACGUGGACGUGGACAUGGACGUGGACAUGGACGUGGACGUGGACGUGGACGUGGACGUGGACGUGGACAUGGACGUGGACGUGGACGUGGACGUGGACAUGGACGUGGUCGUGGACGUGGACGUGAACGUGGACGUGGACAUGGACGUGGACGUGGACGUGGACAUGGACGUGGACGUGGACGUGGUCGUGGACGUGGUCGUGGACGUGGAUGUGGACGUGGACGUGGACGUGGACGUGGACGUGGAUGUGGACGUGGUCGUGGACGUGGACGUGGACGUGGACAUGGACGUGGACAUGGACGUGGACGUGGACGUGGACGUGGACGUGGAUGUGUACGUGGGCAUGGACAUGGACGUGGACGUGGACGUGGACAUGGACGUGGACGUGGACAUGGACGUGGACGUGGACGUGGACGUGGACGUGGACGUGGACGUGGACGUGGACAUAGACGUGGACGUGGACAUGGACGUGGACGAGGACGUGGACGUGGACAUGGACGUGGACGUUGACGUGGACGUGGACGUGGACGAGGACGUGGACGUGGACGUGGACGUGGACAUGGACAUGGACGUGGACGUGGACGUGGACGUGGACAUGGACGUGGACGUGGACAUGGACGUGGACGAGGACGUGGACGUGGACAUGGACGUGGACGUUGACGUGGACGUGGACGUGGACGUGGACGAGGACGUGGACGUGGACGUGGACGUGGACGUGGACAUGGACAUGGACGUGGAUGUGGACGUGGACGUGGACAUGGACGUGGACGUGGACAUGGCCGUGGACGUGGACGUGGACAUGGACGUGGACGUGGACGUGGACGUGGACAUGGACGUGGACGUGGACAUGGACGUGGACGUGGACAUGGUUUUGGACGUGGACGUGGACGUGGACGUGGUCGUGGUCGUGGACGUGGACGUGGACGUGGACGUGGACGUGGACCCAGCGUGGACACGUGGACAUGGACGUGGACGGGACGUGGACGUGGACGUGGACAUGGACGUGGUCGUGGACAUGGACGUGGACGUGGACGUGGACAUGGACGUGGACGUGGACGUGGACGUGGUCGUGGACGUGCUCGUGGACGUGGACGUGGACGUGGACGUGGUCGUGGACGUGGACGUGGACGUGGACAUGGACGUGGACAUGGACGUGGACGUGGACGUGGACGUGGACGUGGACAUGGACGUGGACGUGGACGUGGACGUGGACGUGGACAUAGACGUGGACGUGGACAUGGACGUGGACGAGGACGUGGACGUGGACAUGGACGUGGACGUUGACGUGGACGUGGACGUGGACGAGGACGUGGACGUGGACGUGGACGUGGACGUGGACAUGGACAUGGACGUGGACGUGGACGUGGACGUGGACAUGGACGUGGACGUGGACAUGGACGUGGACGAGGACGUGGACGUAGACAUGGACGUGGACGUUGACGUGGACGUGGACGUGGACGUGGACGAGGACGUGGACGUGGAUGUGGACGUGGACGUGGACAUGGACGUGGACGUGGACAUGGCCGUGGACGUGGACGUGGACAUGGACGUGGACGUGGACGUGGACGUGGACAUGGACGUGGACGUGGACAUGGACGUGGACGUGGACAUGGUUUUGGACGUGGACGUGGACGUGGACGUGGUCGUGGUCGUGGACGUGGACGUGGACGUGGACGUGGACGUGGACGUGGACGUGGACCCAGCGUGGACUGGACGUGGACAUGGUCGUGGACGUGGACGAGGACUUGGACGUGGACGUGGACGUGGACGUGGACGAGGACCUGCACGUGGACGUGGACGUGGACAUGGACGUGGACGGGACGUGGACGUGGACGUGGACAUGGACGUGGUCGUGGACAUGGACGUGGACGUGGACGUGGACAUGGACGUGGACGUGGAUGUGGACGUGGUCGUGCACGUGCUCGUGGACGUGGACGUGGACGUGGACGUGGACGUGGUCGUGGACGUGGACGUGGACGUAGACAUGGACGUGGACAUGGACGUGGACGUGGACGUGGACGUGGACGUGUACGUGGACAUGGACAUGGACGUGGACGUGGACGUGGACAUGGACGUGGACGUGGACAUAGACGUGGACGUGGACGUGGACGUGGACGUGAACGUGGACAUGGACGUGGACGUGGACAUGGACAUGGACGAGGACGUGGACGUAGACAUGGACGUGGACGUUGACGUGGACGUGGACGAGGACGUGGACGUGGACGUGGACGUGGACGUGGACGUGGACGUGGACGUGGACAUGGACAUUGACGUGGACGUGGACUUGGACGUGGACAUGGACGUGGACGUGGACAUGGACGUGGACGAGGACGUGGACGUGGACAUGGACGUGGACGUUGACGUGGACGUGGACGUGGACGAGGACAUGGACGUGGACGUGGACGUGGACGUGGACGUGGACAUGGACGUGGACAUGGACAUGGACGUGGACGUGGACGUGGACGUGGACAUGGACGUGGACGUGGACAUGGACGUGGACAUGGUUGUGGACGUGGACGUGGACAUGGACAUGGACGUGGACGUGGACGUGGACGUGGACAUGGACGUGGACGUGGACAUGGACGUGGACGUGGACAUGGACUUGGACGUGGACGUGGACGUGGACGUGGACAUAAACGUGGACGUGGACGUGGACGUGGUCGUGGACGUGGUCGUGGACGUGGACGUGGACGUGGACGUGGACGUGGACGUGGUCGUGGACGUGGACGUGGACGUGGACGUGGACGUGGACGAGGACAUGGACGUGGACGUGGACGUGGACGUGGACGAGGACGUGGACGUAGACCUGGACAUGGUCGUGGACGUGGACAUGGACGUGGACGUGGAAGUGGACGUGGACAUGGUCGUGGACGUGGACGAGGACUUGGACGUGGACGUGGACGUGGACGUGGACGUGGACGAGGACCUGGACGUGGACGUGGACGACGUGGACGUAGACCUGGACAUGGUCGUGGACGUGGACAUGGACGUGGACGUGGAAGUGGACGUGGACAUGGUCGUGGACGUGGACGUGGACGUGGACGUGGACAUGGACGUGGACGUGGACGUGGACGAGGACGUGGACGUGGACGUGGACAUGGACGUGGACGAGGACAUGGACGUGGACGUGGACGUGGACGAGGACGUGGACGUAGACCUGGACAUGGUCGUGGACGUGGACAUGGACGUGGACGUGGAAGUGGACGUGGACAUGGUCCUGGACGUGGACGAGGACUUGGACGUGGACGUGGACGUGGACGUGGACGAGGACCUGGACGUGGACGUGGACGUGGACAUGGACGUGGACGGGACGUGGACGUGGAUGUGGACGUGGACGUGGACGUGGACGUGGACAUGGACGUGGACGUAG